CGUGGGUAGUAACGCCUCCAUUUAAUUCGGUCCAUGUCAUAGUUUCCUAUCACUUCUAUACCUGUGAGCAAUGUCCAGUCCUCGCCCGAGCAUAAUGCCAGAUCCCUGGGUUCCCUAUGUCGAUCCGGCCGCUCGAAGUCGUUCGACUCUAUGCCCGCUAGAUGGCGCAACUUUUGAUAUUGCUUUGAUGCCAAAGGAGGAACUCAUGGCAUAUGGCCAAGAUGCUCCAGUCCUUCACUCACUUGGGGGUUUGAAAGUUGUACGACUGUCUAAAACGCUGGUGAUGAAGUUUGGGCCCACUGUUCUAGCCUCAGAAGGCGAGACGAUGAGAUAUGUCACGACGAAGUUUCCGGACGUGAGACUACCUCGUGUUUACCGUUACUUUGAUAUUAAUCAACCUUCGUCAUAUUCUGAUUCUGGAGUCGAAGGCUACAUAGUCAUGGACUACAUAGACGGUGUCUCCCUGGAUACAUGUUGGGACGAACUCAAUUCCGGUCUUCAGGACAGUGUGGUUGACCAGGUUGCGGCUAUGAUUAACCAGCUUCAAUCCAUACAUAAUGACCAUCCAGGCGUUAUUGGUGGAGGAGCAUCUUGUGGCAUAGUGUUUAGUGACUAUGGCGCAGGACCGUUUCCGACGAGAGAAAUAUUCCAGAAGUGGAUUAAAUGGAAACUCUGCCUAAGUAAAUAUUUUAAGCAGGCCUUACCGGAUACUCUACCACUACAGUGUCCCUACUUCGUCCUCGUUCAUGGAGAUCUUAGCCCUCGAAAUCUUAUUUUGGACACGCGCAACCAGGUUUGGCUAAUCGAUUGGGGUUGUACUGGAUUUUAUCCUCCAAUAUUCGAGGCUGCUGCUGUGAAGCACCAAGUAAAGUUCAAAUCGUUCUCCCGGCUACUUCUACCGCGUAUUUAUAAUAAUCCUAAGGAGCUGGCGCAGCUUGAGGACUGUAGUUAUGGCAUUCAUCGCGUUCCAUUUUCGCUUCCACCAGAGAUGGAAUUGGAAAGCGGAGCACACUCUUAGUGAAGUAGGAAUACCAUUUGGUAUUAUAGAGAUCGUUAGUAAAAGAAGAAGGCAAUCUGUAAUUAGGGUUGAGCAGGCGGAUAACACAGGGUUCUCGCUUGAUUCUGUGCCCCCUGGAUAGGAAACCGAUGAACUCGUAAGUCGACUUGAUGGCGUCGUCCACCAAGGCAUUGGUAGGUGCAACGUAGAGGUGCUGAUGUUCGCGCCUCACCAUACGGUGUUGCUUUUGCUUCCCAUGCUCUGUUUGGGACUCGUUGCUUCGGUGGAUGGGCUGGGACUGCUGCGCCGUACCUUUCGGGAAAUCUCAAGAGUGGCAGCCAUGAGCAUCUGAAACAGGAAUGUCUUUCCUGCACCAACAUAGUCCUGGAUGACGACAUGGCCUGCUGGCACCUUUAGACUUUGCGUUAGAAC